GAGGAAGGUCCAAUAGGGUGGUGAUAAGGGAGCGCUCAAAAGCCCCACCUUCAGCCGACUUCCAGCCUAGGCCGCAAUCAGAUGACAAUAACUAACAAAGGCAGCAGCUGGAAAAUAUUAUCAAAAUCAGCAACGGCAGAGGAGACGAGCUGCAGAGGAGAAGGGGUUUUAUGAAGUUAAAGGAGCUACAUUGAACCACAUUAAACUGACCGCAGGAUGGUUACUCUGGACGUCAAGACACUGACGGUGCCCGUGGGCAUUGUGCGGAUACUAGAGGUUGUCUUCACCUGUGUCUCCUUCGGCUUAGUGUUUUCAGUGGGUACCACAACAGACUCUUUCUGGAUAUGGUGCAUAUUCAGCUGGUGCUUCUGCUUCUGCGUCACCUUGCAGAUUAUUUUCCUGGAAUUCACAAGUCUCAGCUCAAAGUUACCCAUAUCCUGGGAGGAUUUCACCACAGCCUUUGCCAUGUUGGCGACCCUAAUGGUGUUUACAGCAUCCAUCAUCUACUCUGUUUUAUUCACUUGUUCUUCCUGCGGCGUACAAAUCGGCGCCAGCAUUACUUCCUUUCUCACCUUCAUCCUGUAUGCUGUUGAGGUUGGACUGACGAGGGCCAAAGAGGGUGAGAUCAGUGGAUUUCUUUCAACAGUACCCGGCCUUCUCAAGGUUCUGGAGGCCUUUGUGGCAUGCAUCAUCUUCACCUGUGUGUCCUACCUCCGUUACUCAUUAUAUCCAGGGCUCCAGUGGUGCGUUGCGGUCUACUCCAUUUGUUUUAUUUUUUCCCUCCUUGUAAUUAUUUGUACCAUUGGCCGCCUGCUGUUUAUCUUCCCUAAACAAGUCCUGAUUGUGUGCAAUGUGCUGGCAGUGCUGAUGUACUUCACAGCGUUGAUCAUCUGGCCACUGUACAGCUUUAAGGAACCCAGACCAUACUGUCCAAGCAUUAGACAUUGUCCAUGGAACUUGCUAGUCGUUGUCACUUUCCUGACCAGUGUUAACCUUGGGGCUUAUAUCGCGGAUACGGUUUAUUCUUUCAGACUAGUUUUCAUUGGAACAUAACCAUGAGCAACAUAAGCAUGUCCUGUUUGCUGAUUUGAUCUGAAUAUGAAGAACUUUCUGUGGUGAUUUUGCUUAAUUUGAAAGCAAGAUAAAGUGGGAGUAUCCCAUAUUUUACUUGCAUCCACAAAUAAAAUCUUCUUCCCCUUUCUGCCCCUCUCUGAUUUACAUGUCUUCCUUAUCACUUCUGUUAUUUCAGUACAGCAGUUAUUACGAUGCACUAUGGUUGAAUAAAUCAGUUACAAUGUCGGUAUGUGAAAAUCCCUCCUGGCCCCCCGUGUCAGCUUGAAAUAAAAUGUAAUAAAAGUGUUGUGCACAUGACAAUAGUGGAGCUUUUUUUUAGUGCCUCAGAGACAAAUUACAAUUGUGUCAGAAUGAAUGAAGCUUGAUUUUAUUUUUAUUUUUUAAGCUUGAUUUAAGUGUUUCAUUUCAUGAUCUUAUUGGAAAAUGUCUGCAAAGUUGUGUCAAAGUAUAAAAAGCAUGAAAUGCACAUUUUUCUCUUUUUAUUGAUUCUUUUUCUUUUCUUUUCUUUUUAGUAGGCACUGUUAAAAAGGCCGAUGGUGUGAUCACAGAGUGGUGAAUUAACAGUGGGGGAUUCCUCAGUGUUUAUUCACAUAAAUAUUUGCUCUUGAAUAUGUUCAGAUUAUGUCAUUUUAACCGAUGCAGGAUGUCUGGACUUGUUUAUUUGCAUUCACCGUUCAACGAUGUCUUUGAGACAGCAGAGGGGGGGUGGUUAGUACUACUGCCACACCGUAACAAGGGUCCAGUUUGAAUCUGGGGCGGGGAUCUCUCUCUAUAGUGCGUUUGCGUCUUUUAUGUGUGUAUGUGUUUUUUUUCAAGGUAUUCCAAAAACGUGCAUGUUAGGUGACUUUAAACUGACCAUAAGUGUGAAUGUGCAAUGUUGUUUGUCUCUUUGACCACAAUUAGACCUCACAUUAAAAUGUUUCUCAGUGGCUAACAUAACAACCAAGGUCUGAAGGUGUUCCAGGACUGAUUCCAGUCCCGUCACUCGAGAUGCAUUUGAAGUUACUCUGGGACACUUGUAUCAAGAUUAUGUUCAAACAAAGCAUCCUGGUACAGAUUCAGAGAAUGCCUAAUGACUUACUGUUGUGUUGUAGACAAAUGACCUCAAUAAAGCUUCUCACUUCAUGUUUGUGCCAGAUGUCUCCUUUUAUUGUAGGCCUAUUCACCCUGAUUUUUGUUGAAUGUACAAUAUAAUGAAUAAAGUUUGACGAAAUUAUAUUUGA